AUGGAAAUGAAAGUCCUGAGUUCUUCAAGGGGAAGGGGUUUGAUUCAAAGAAGAUCAGAUGGUUUCGAUCCUCUUAGUAGCGUACCUAAGGAUGACCGGAUUUGCAAAAGCCAUGAUCUUAAAAUAAAAUUCCCUCGCCUUGAGGUUGACAAAGCCAUCAUUCCAAAAGGAGACAAUCGGUCAGUCCAAUUGUUCUAUAUCAAACCAUCAAGUCAUUUACGAUUGAUCAUGGCUAAUACCCAAAAGGUCAAUCUUCUCCAAUCUUUGCCCGACUUCACUCCAAACCAGCGGUACCAUCCAAAUCAAGGACGUAAAUGGAAAGAUAAUUUUCACUUUCAAUCACCCAUGAUAACCAAAGAGAUGUCAAACAAUCGUGAUGAUCUAUGGAUUGGCGACGUUGUUCGAACCUCUGGUGGUCAGCAACAAAUGUACAUCAUUGCCAAAUUCUUCAUUGCAAAUGGCCAACUCUUUGUCAAUGCUUUCCCCAUGGAGUUUCUCGAAAACUUUCAAAUCGCGGCUUUUAAUUCCAAAAGGGUGAACGUUCCAGUGUCUAGCAUUCUUUUGGUCAUGUCCAUAACAGAGCUCCUAGAGCAAUGUUAUCAAAAAUUACUGUCCAAGUUUAUUCGUAACGAUGGUGAGAUUGCAUUCACGCCCUUCAACCAAUUGUUACAUCCACACCAUACCAUGAUUGUUGAAAGUCUUGCGAUCCGUAAACGAGUACCAUACAUCACCGCAAAUCAACAGAUGUCAGUUCUCAUAGUACCUAUUUCUUUGUUUUCAGACGAUAGCAGUGGAAAUAGAUCAAAAAAGUGGAAUUGUUUUGACAGCUGGAUCAUGAGCGUUGCUGCUUUUCCUUUGUUCGAAAGCAACAUAUACGAGAACCACUUCUUUUUGUGCACUAACAACCAUAAAGUAACUGCAAUGGAAAUGAUAAAACCAUUAACUGAAGAUUUGCUGGAAUUAGAAAAAGGCGUGGUAAUGUAUGACUCCAAACGUCAAGAAAAUGUGUUUGUGAUUGCACCUGUCCUUUUCUUUCGAGGAGACAAUGUUCGUCAAGCUCAACUUGCAAUCAAUAAGGGCUCAAGAGCCAACCACCCUUGCCAAUUUUGCUACUGGCAAUCUGAUCCAGCUAAGCCAUUGACAACCGGGAAGCAACCCAUCGCAUUAGAUUAUACUGCCAAAACAUACGCCGCUGCACCAAGAACGUCAAAAGAUUUCAACGAUUUUAUAAAUCCUGAAAAAACAGACCGUGAUACUCCAGUCUUUCUUCCGAACAGAGGACGUGUAACAAAUCAAGGGGUUAUAAAAGAUCCCGCGCAAUCCACCAACUGGAGUGAUCUUGGAUUCAAAAUAACAGGUGCCGAGGAGUUGUUGAAAUUGAAGGCUGUGGACUUGUCCCAGGAUCUGCCUGUUGAAAUUUUGCACACUUUACUGCUAGGAAUGACGAAGUAUUGCUUCAAGAUUGCGCAUGACUAUUUUUUAAACGAUCACCAGCUGAAAGAGCUUACAGAGUUGUUUAGAAACUAUAAUUCAAAGGCGUUACAUCGUAAUCUGACUUCUUCUUUAACAGCUUAUCAAAACGAUCUUGAGUUGCUGGACAACAAUAAUAGCAAAAUAAAACUGGUCUUAGGGCUCACCGGCUUGUUCUAUAACGUUAGAAGCUCCAAGUCAAGCGGUUUAACUCUUGGUAGGGUAGCUUUCAAAGAAGGUCAAAACUUCAUAAUCGAGGCGUACGAUUUUGUUCUUCGAAACGCCAUUCCACAUGAUCAAGACAUGUGUAUUUACGAAAGUUGCCUUUUAGAUCUUGCUGGCAAUGUUGUAACUCGUAGAUUCCCUAACGAUGAUUUUACUAUUGCUGGUCAUGAACAAAAUCGUGUCGUUUUCGUGCUGGACAUGUCGCAACCUCCUUUGCUUGACUCGCGGCAUAAUAAUAAUUCUUAA